AUGCAGAGCCAACGACGACCAUACCGCUCCCACAAAGUCCCCGCGUGUGAGCGCUGUCGCCGUUUCAAGCGUCGAUGUACCGGUGGAACUCCAGACCAGCCCUGUGUGCUAUGCAGCCUACAGGAAGUUCCUUGUAUAAUAUCUAGUAGUCCUAAAUCGUCGUCUAGGCCCCGCCGCGGAGUGAAGCAUGACCAGCGACGUACCCAGACAUCACGAAUUGCACCCUUCACUCCCAUUGAUAAAGUACCGUCACCGGCUCCGGCCGAUGGAGAAGUCGGCCAAGAACAUAUCGGGCGUGACUAUCAUGGCUCACCAGGUCAAGAUCAAUCUAAGGUCGAACUAUCCAUGUUUGCCAGUCCUGUCAUCUCCGAAGACAUAAAAAUCCUGGAGCGAUACAUGUCUUCUAAAUCCAGUUCGCUAUCGACUGGAGAAAGAAGUGGGUCCUCGGAUACUCCGAUGGUGUACCUUAGAGCUCCCCGGCGGAGAGAAGGCCUGUCGAUGGCAGCGAAUCCGGGGAAGCGACAGAAAGAGAUAGUAUUGCAAGUCCUUCAACCGUAUACCGAUGAACUGAUCAGACUGUAUUUCGAGGAGAUCCACCCAGCGUUCCCUCUCCUUGAUGAGCAACUAUUCAUGGAGUUGUAUAAAGCCGGCGACAAGCUGUCACCAGUCCUAGUCUGCUAUUUCUUUUCCGUGUCCUUAAUCCUUUGGCAUCAUUCGCCUGUGCUCAGGCAAUUUCCGAAGCCGGACAUAUAUUUUAUAUGGAACCUGGCUGUGGAGGCUUUGCAACAGGACUUUCUAGCCCCUGCAUUGUCGACCAUGUACUCGGUGUUAUUGGACAUGGGUGGGCGACCUAUCUAUUCCAUGCUUGUGAACAUCAUCAACAACGGCCGAGCCGUUACCCUAGCUCAGACUCUAGGGCUAAACCGUGACCCGACUCAUUGGAGACGGCCCAAGAGCGAAAAAUCGCUGCGUAUUCGUCUCUGGUGGGCAGUCGUCAUUCAUGACCGCUGGUCGAGUUUUGCCCAUGGCAUCAGUCCAACCAUAACCAAAGCUAGAUACGAUGUACCCAUCCCUAUGCUAGAGGAUAUAAUCACAGAUUCAAAUCAAUCGGACACACGCAUCAAAGCUGCAAACUCAUUCAUCCACCUUUGCACCCUCACCGAAAUCCUGGGAGAAGUUCUACCACUAGUCUAUGACUUAAACCUCAACCCAAAGGAGACCUGGAAGCAGAUCCGCCGUUUCGAGACAGACCUAGACGAAUGGGAAGAUCGUCUGCCGAACUACCUCCGCCGUGAUCAUGACGAGAACACGAGAGUGUCUGGAUCAAGCAGUCUACAACUAAGUUAUCUUGCCGUCCGAUUACUGCUGAACCGAAUCUCUCUGCAUGCAGCAGCCCUAUCAACAGACAUCGACCGUCUCCAAACCACACGCUACCACCUCUCCCAGCUCCGCAAAUCUGCCCAAGAGAUCGUAAACUACGUCUGCUCCCUCACCAAAGCCCAAUUACAAGAAUUCUGGCUUCCAUAUACAGCCCACCACCUAAUCUUAACCGUAAUAAUCCUCCUGCGUUGCACCAUCGAAUCAACGGACAAAAUUAUAAUCUCAACCUGCAAAACAAGCCUCCAACACCUCUGGACGACGCUCCAAACCGCCGCCGAAGACGGCUGGGAUCUGGCGACGAUGUGCAUCUCGCAGUGUAAGGAGUCGGUGUCGAAGGUUCUUGAUGGCGAUGUAAGGGGGCCCAAUGUUGUUGGCGGUGAGGAGCACCAGCAGUUACACCAGCAGCAGGGAGGAGAUGGGAGACUACUUCCUAUUCAGGGCGAUGGGAGGAGUCCUGCAAUGCAGAGUAUGGGCGGGGGGGAGUUGUUGCCGGAUAUACUUCCUUUUUCGAAUCCGGAUAUCUCGUUCGAUAACCAGUGGGAUUUCGGGUCGUUGUAUGGGCUGGGGUGGAUGGGGAUGGAUGGAUUUGGGGCUUAUGAGGCCGGGAAUCAGGGGGCAUUUUGA